GGAAGGGACAUGCAUGAAUGAAGCUUGUCUGGCAGCAAGUUUGCAGCAUGGUACACACCAACUCCACUAUGGUCAUUUCUAACAUCUCCUCCUCUCCUGGAUAUCCAUCUCCUGCCUCCUGGGACUCCAGCAGUCUGGCCUCUGCAGUGGUGCUGUCCCUCUGUUUCCUGCUGGGAGUUCCUGGAAACAUCGCUGUGAUCAUCCUCAGACCAAACUGGCAGCACAUGUCCAGUUUGAGCCAGAUUUUGAUGCUGAAUUUGGCCAUAUCAGACCUGGUCUGCCUGCUCCCCCUGCCCCUGUGGAUUUACACUUUACUGUACAGUUGGACACUGGGCCUGGUGACCUGUAAGUUCCUAUCAUAUUUGAUGUACUGCAGCCUUUAUGGUAGCAUAAUGACAGUGACAGCGCUGAGUGUCCAGCGCUACCUAAAGGUGGUGUACCUGCAGAGGUACUUCCAUCACGUAGGAUUAAAGAGGGUGCUGGUUCUGCUCUGCCUGGCUGCAAUGAUCCUGUCGAUUCCAGCUUUAGUGACUGGGCAGUUGACCCCAGACCAGAACUGGAUACACUGCAAGUUUCGCUACUCUUCCACGGCCCAGCAGGAGGCCGUGCUGCUGACAGAGACCCUGACGGGAUUUCUUUGCUGUUUUGUCGUGGCAUUUUCAUACAUCGGCCUUCACAGAAAAGUGAACCAGGCAGCUUUCUUCAACCAUGCACAGACCACCUGGCUGAUCACAAGUAUCAUUGUGUCCUUUUUUGUCCUAUGGAUGCCAUAUCAUAUCACAAAUGUGCUUGGCGUGGCUGCUGUUUCUCUCAAAAACGAAGGCCUGUCUAAGUUUUACACAGACAGCACGGACAUUGUUGGAGCACUGGUAUUUGUGAAUAGCUGCCUGAAUCCACUCCUUUAUGCAUUUGCGUUUAGAAACAAGUGCACUGUGUGCCAGAAAAGAGAACAUUAAUACUGUUGUUAUUAUGCAGAAGCUCACCGUUCCAGGAAGUCUAAUCAUUUGAUUUAGUAUGAUCGAUGAAAAGCCACCAGAGCCCACAUCCUGAAAUAAGGUGUUUUUAGUUAAAAGAUCUCAUCUUCCCUGCUGAUUCACAGUUUGAGGGUGUGGUUCUCUCAUUGUCACAGAGAGCUGUGCAUGAUUUGUGGUAUAAUGAUGAUUUUUUUUUCUUCUCUAAAAUCAACUGUGUGCUGAUUACAACUGGUCCUCAGCCAGAGCUGUAAAAAUAAAGGUUUGGUAAAAUGAAUCAGGCAAAGAGUUAAAUAAAAAUGUGGAAAUUAUUGAUUCAUUUGCAUUUAGAAUACAACUUUGUAACUUUCCACAUAUGUUUUUAAUGA